AUGGAGCCGCCCCUCCACGAUCUCCUUCUUGCAAAGGUCGAGUCUAUGAUCCACGGCCUGGAAAGCAAGCUUGACAGUAAGCUGGACGAGAAAUUUGGGGCCCUCUUCCCUCAGCUGAAGGCAGAGCUCAAGGCAGAGCUGAAAACCGAGCUGAAGGAUGAGGUGGUGGCUGAGCUGAAGGCAGAGCUGCUGCCUCUCCUGCGCGCUGAGCUGGCCAAGGACACGCAGACCAGAGCCGCCUCCAACGAUGAAGCAGUGGUGAACAAAGUGCACCAUCUGGAGUCUGUGGUGGAGUCUCAGGCCCGCCAAGCCAGGAGUGCCAACCUGAUCUGCCAUGGUCUGGCAGAGGACAACACAGAGAAUGUCUCAGCCCGCGUGGCAGCGCUGUUUGACAGCAACAGCGGCCCCCCUGCUGUUGUCAGCGAAGCUCGCCGCCUCGGUGCCCCCAGCGCCACGCGCACCAAGCCGCGCCCCGUGCUCAUCAGCUUCAGCGGCGUGGCAGCCAAGCACGCUGCCCUCAAGCACAGCAAAGCCCUGCGCCAGCGCCAGAUUUUCCUGGAUCCCGACCUCACCCCGCAGCAGCAGCGCAUCCGCGUCAGCAUGCGCCCACACUAUGUCGCCCUGAAGACAGCCGGCAAGCAGCCCUUCUGGCGCGAGGAGCGCCUCUUCGUCCGGGAGGGCGACCGCGUGCGUGAGCACAUGCCUGUGCCUGGGCCUCCCCCGGCUGCCGCGCCGGGCGCCGCUGCCGCCCCGGGUGCUGCCACUGCCGGGCCCUCUCAGGCCGCGCCUUCCUCCCCCGGCCGCGCCGACUCCUACGCCGAAGCAACCCUGGAGGCGGGGAUCCGGGAGGCCGCAGCCGCGAACAGCAUGCCGGCCCGCACCGGGCGCCAUCAGCGCAAGGCGCGUGCCGACGCGCCCUUCUUCGAUUCGGAGUGCCGCCAGCUUAAACGGGACGUCCGCGCCCGCGCGCGGUGCGGGGGCGAUCCAGCCGAACAAGCACUGGCGCUCUUCAGAACACAGCGGAUUUUGAAGAUUCACUUGGAGCUGGACAGCGCCGGCAGCAAGCUCAUUGCAGAGGUAUCAGCAGAGAAUGGUCUGGAGAAGCAGUACAAAAUCCCCUGCAUGGAUUCUGAAAUACUCCAGACCAGCGUAGACAAGGACACAUUCCCCACCUGUGUCAACGCUGCUGCAAAUGAGCUGAACAAGUUGCUCUCAAGCUUCCAGUACAAUUUGGAGGAGAUCACAAUCAUUGCAAUGCCAGAGGACUUGGAGGAUGGGGCACAAGGGAAGCAGGGGAAAGCAGUGCAGCUGCACAGCUUUGUUGAUCCUGCCAAAGGGCAUGCUGACAGAGCGCUGCACACCCAGCUAUCUGUGGACACACAUGAGGUCUUUCUGGACUAUCAGCAUAAUUCUCUUGAAGCCAGCGAUGUCACCUUCAACCUGAAGGACUUCAAGGCCAUGCUGGUUCUGUGCGAGGGCCUGGGUGCAAACGAGGAGUAUGUGCGGGCCGAGCUGGUGCUGGCAACGCUGCUGGAGACAGCGCGGCUGGGCGACUCGGGCCCUGCCACAGUGGCGGCCAAGGCGCGCAGGCGCGUGGACACUCCCGGUGGCGGCCAGAUCCCCGGAGACACUCCCUGGCGGCCUGAUGGGCAGGCAGCUGGCUCCCCUGGCCAUGGCAGACUGCAGAGCGUCAAUCGCUCUGGGGCGGCAGCAAACACUGGACACCAGCCGAGCCGCUUCAAAACCCGCACUGAACCCCCACGGUUUCUGGACUCACCCGCACAGCCACCCUCAGCAGCAGCUCAUGGGAGCGGCAGAGAGCUUGAUGAUUAUGCUGGUGACAACAUGGGGCCCAGCAGCCGUCCUGAGGGGUGCUCAUUGCACGGGGGAGGAAUCGGCUUGAUAGAUGAUGGCGGCUCAAGGCCAGAGGUGCACUACGAAGAUGCAGGCUACCACAGCAUGCCUGUGGAUGAGCGCGGGCGCCAGACCAUCCCAUCGGGGCUCAUCGAUGAUGGCUCGCACAAUCCUUCACUCUUCAGCAACGAAGACCAAGCGUUGCCAUCUGGCCUUGAGGGACGAGACAGAGCCAGGCCAGAUCCCCAUUGGAGUGGCAGGGUUGCUCCCAGCGCAGCGCAUCAACACAUUGAAGAACCAGUUGGGCACCAAGGGCAUGCAGCUGGUGCUUAUCAGGACAGCGAGUGGCAAGAUGGCGACGUCGGCGAGGCAUUAUGGGGAGAAGGACGCGCGGCUGGAGUACCUGAGCUGGCGGGUGUGGUUCAUGAAGCGCAACCGCGCGCUGGCCAAGGCCGACGCACAGCAGCGCGCGGCCGCCGGCAUCGUGGAUGACGUCAGCCGCCCCCACGCAGAUGACGAGACAUCCGACGACGAGCAGUUGCUGCCGGCCAACUCCACCGGCUCCAAGGGCGUCUCCUUCAAGCUGCCCAAGAAGGAGCCUUCCCUGCAGAAGGUGAAGGAAGGGGAGAAGUAUGUGGACGAGGGGAAGCGGCCGCCGUCGAUCCUGACAAAGCCAGUGCAGAAGGACCCCUCCGUGGACUUCCUGGCGCAGGAGUACGUCACCAGCCCGCCGCCGCCGGACUCCGACAAGGACCUGUUUGAGGGGCGCGUGGACGGCCUGUACCUCGUGCUCAUUUCGCUGCACGGCCUUGUCCGUGGCGAGCGCAUGGAGCUUGGCGCAGACCCCGACACCGGCGGCCAGGUGAAGUAUGUGGUGGAGCUGGCGCGCGCGCUGGCGCAGCAUCCGGCGGUGUUCCGGGUGGAUUUGCUGACAAGGCUGAUCCAGGACCCGAGCGUGGAUCCAACCUACGGCGAGCCCGAGGAGGUGCUGUGGAAGGCCCCCGACGACCACGGCAUGGGUGGCGCGUACAUCGUGCGCCUCCCCUGCGGGCCCCCCAAGACCUACCUCAGGAAAGAGAAGCUCUGGCCGCACAUCCGGGAAUUUGCGGACAGGGGAGUGGCGCACACCAAGCACACGCUGGUGGCACUGGGCGAGGCGGGCACCCCCUGUGAGCUGUACGCGGUGCAUGGCCACUACGCUGAUGCGGGCGAGGUGGCCGCGCUGAUGUCAUCCACCCUGGGCGUCGACAUGGUCAUGACCGGCCACUCCCUGGGCCGCAACAAGCUGGAGCACUUACUUGGCACCAUGAGCAAGAAGGAGAUUGAGGAGAACUACGCCAUCAGCCGGCGCAUUGAGGCGGAGGAGCGCGCCCUGGAGACAGCCACCAUGGUGCUCACCUCCACGCAGCAGGAAAUUGACGAGCAGUGGGGCCUCUACGAUGGGUACGAUGUGAAGCUGGAGCGGGUGCUGCGCACGAGGCGCAGGGUUGGGCGGACGAUGCCGCUGAUCAAUGUGAUCCCCCCGGGCCUGGACUUCUCCUCCCUCAAGGUGGACCUGCCCAAGGACCCCUCCCUGGCCAAGGGCCCCCCGCCCAAGCACGCCUUCUUCUCUCAGCAGUCCAACGCCUCCUCCAACCCCACCUCCCCCCUGGCCGCCAGCGACCCCACCAGCCCAGACAAGCCCCUGGACAGCAGCCCCUCAGAUCUGGCGAGCGUGGACGAGGAUGGCAAGGAGAAGUCUGUCACCAGGGCGUCCACUGCGCAGGGCCUGUUCCCCUUCAUCAAUGAGGAGCCCCACAUCUGGCAGGAGAUCUUCCGGUUCCUGCGGAAUCCGCGCAAGCCGGCCAUCCUGGCCAUGUCGCGGCCGGACGCCAAGAAGAACAUCACCACGCUCGUCAAGGCCUUUGGCGAGAACCCUACCCUGCGCGAGCUGGCCAAUCUCGUGCUCAUCAUGGGCAACCGCGAGAACAUUGACGGCAUGGCGCCGGGCAGCCAGAAGAUUCUGACGCAGGUGAUGAAGCUGAUCGACUCGCACGACCUGUACGGCAGCGUGGCCUACCCCAAGAAGCACGAGCAGAAGGACAUCUCCGACAUCUACCUGCUCCCCUACGCCACCCGCGGCAUCUUCACCAACGUCGCCCUCCAGGAGCCCUUCGGCCUCACCGUCAUCGAGGCACACAUACUCUACUCUCACAUUCAGCUGCUCUCACACCUCACGCAUGCUGCGGCGCACGGGGUGCCGACGGUGGCAACGAAGAAUGGCGGUCCAGUGGACAUCAUGGCAACGCUGCACCACGGGCUACUAGUGGACCCCACCAACUCCAAGCAGAUUGCGGACGCCCUGCUCAAGAUCCUCACCAACCCCGAGGUGUGGGACGAGAUGUCCCACAACGGUGUGGCCAACAUUAUGGCGUACUCCUGGUUCAGCCACUGCAAGAAGUACCUGGAGGCCCUGGAACUGGAGAAGCGCUUCACCAAGACCCAAAAGAGGUUCCAGAGCCGGCUGAGCGGGAACUGGGACGCGAGCACGCUGAAGCUGGACGAGCUGGUGGGCAGCCCCACAGGCGCAGAGGAUAUGAGCCGCCUGGCCAGCAUGCCAGCCGGCCGCAGCCCCAAGGGCGUCCGCCGCGUUCCCUCCAACUCCCAGGUCGUGCACGCCUCCGACGACGCCGGCCUCACCGGCCACUCCUCCGAGGACCACUCCCAUGGGCAACCUGUGGGCGACACGCGCAAGCGCUUCACGGCGGUGGCCCUGGACGGCGAGUUCCGCGUGUCGGCCGUGGCGCCGCUGCUCAACAAGCUCAUCAAGAUGCGCAACGAUGCCGGCGCCUCCGACCUCGGCAUCGGCGUCGUCAGCAUGCUCGGCUUCUCUAGCACUCGCAAGGCGCUUCAGGGAGCUGGCGUGCCGCUGCAGGAGCUGGACUGGAUGGUGUGCAACGGCGGCGCGGACAUCUGGCACCUGCUGCAGUCGCGCAAUGGCAAGGACCCCACCUGGUCCCCCGACGAGCACUGGGACGCCCACAUCACCUUCAGGUGGGACCGGGAUCCUCUGGCGCGCGCGGUGACAAAGCUAGUGAGCAACGACAAGAAGGAGACACUGGCAAGCGCGCCGACGCUCCAGAAGGCGCUGGCGCUCAUGACCGACGCGCGGGAGGAGCACCACGUGCACCCGCACCACAUCAUGCUCCCUCUGGACGCGGACGCCAAGUCCAUCCUGGACAUGGGCCCACGCGCGACCGGCAAGGACGCGGUGGCGACAGUGGUCGUGGACAAGAUGCGGAGACGGAUGCGGCAGAACGGCUACCACGCCCACAUCACUCUGCAGAUGGUGGUGGAGGAUGAGCAGGUGGUGGCGACGGUGCAUAUCACGCCGAUGCGCGCCAGCCGAGCACUUGCGCUGCGCUACCUAGCCACCAAGUUUGGUGCUGACAUGGAAAACAUCGUGCUGGUGGCGGUGGCGCCCUCGCUGGAGAAGACGGGCGAGGUCACAAAGGUCACAGCGUACACCUCCGACCUCAUCGAGCUCGUGUCAGGAGUCAGCCCGGUGUACAUCAUCGGUGCGGCGGCGGACGAGCAGAAGGCGGAGGGGCGGGCGGCCAAGCACGACAGCUAUGCGCUGGACAAGAUCUCCAUCCGCGUCUCGCCCAAGGUCUUUGGCGCGCGCAUCCGCUGCCUGCCGGACGACUCCGCGCUCGCGACCGCGCUUGAAGAUAUCGUGGCCGGCCGUGUGGCCGGCGGCUACGAGGGCAACAAGCCCGGCGGAGCCCAUGACGACGAUGACUAAGCAGGAGGAUGACUGAAGCGGACGACUAAGGCAGCGCUCGACUGAGAUCACUUUGGCUAGAGCCACCGUUUAGCUGGGAGUCCGUUUGGCGGGGAGUCCAUGCAGGUCGGCUGCGCUGCUGCCUACAGGGGGCAGGCAUGUUUGAGCUGCAGGGACUUGCUCGAGGCAGCACUGGCUGGAGGCUGUGCUUUUCAGCUGUCGUGUUCAUACUGGGCUGCCUUCUGGAGGUCAACACUCGCUCUUUCCAGGGUUGCGUGGGUCUGAGAGGGCAUUGGACUGAUGGGUGACCAGCAUGCACUGCUGCAAGCUUACCCGAUGCAAAGCCUGCAGCAUACUUAUGCAGACAGCUUUGGUAAGAGCAUGGAGAUUUGCUGGCUCAUAAAAUAAUUUAGGAUAGCUAGUAAUGCGUUAUUGCAAAAUAGCAACUCUCGGAUUGGAGGCGUGCUUGGUGCGGCGCUUCCCACACCUUAAGUUGCAAGGAGGCGCUAGUGACUGAUCAGAUUGUUAGGUGCAUGUUAUGGGUUGCCAAGUGUUGUGAAGCAGCUAGCUCAGCAGUCCAAACUCCAGUGGGACGUAUUUGUAUGCCGAGCUGUGAAGUUUGGAGCAGGCACUUUAUAGCAUCACUGCUUUACUGAGCCCAAUCAAUAAAUACUCGGGAUGAUGACACAUUCUGCUUGGCACUUAUUAAGAGCUGGGUUACCCAUUUACCCCAUUUUACCAUGCAGUAGUGUUGGCCAUGGCCGCAGCACUAGUUACUUUUUAUGAUGUGAUGCAGCAGGACUAUCUAGACCGUGUGACAGGAGUUGCUUGCAAGCACCAGCUGAGAAUCUGCAGAUUUCUGUUUGUAACCGAACUGUUCUUCCA